GCUGCAACGGUUUGGCAGAUGGCGCUGAGAAAGGCUUGUGUAGUUUCCAUCUUGAAUGCCAACCUCUGUACCAAGCAGAAUGCACCCAAUUGCAGCAGGCCAACUCAUCACAAAAGCAUGAAGUGUAAAAUAACACAGCUGCCUUUACGUCUUGGAAACCCCUCACAAGACAGCAUUUCUACGAGCUAUAUCCAGGUUGCAGAACUUGGAGCACUGAGAGGCCUGUGACCCCGAUAUAAAAAAUCUCUGGCUGGGAACUGAAAUGCACUUGGCUUUUCACAAGCUGCUGCCUCCCUUCUGCCUUUCCUUCAUCUGGUCCCUAGAAAACCUUUUGGGGAGUAUUUCUAAGAAAUGUCAAAAGUCACUCACUUUGUGAGAGUUCCUGGCAAACAAACAAGAACAACAAGAACAACAACAACAACCAGUUGUUUUCAUCUUCAUCUUUGAAGCCCAUCUUCCUGGGAGUUUUUGACGUCUUCCUGGGAGUUUAUGCUCUCAAAAUGCCUGAAGUUUGACAUUCUCCAGCCAGGAAUUUUCCAGGCCUAAAUCCAUCUUCCAGCAGCUUCAACCCUCUUUCCAGAUUUGGGUUCUUCUGAACUGGAGGCAGUGGUGGCGGCAGCAGCAGCAGCAGCAAGAGAAUGAAGGAAAAAGGAGAAAAGGAGAAAGGGGGAAAGGGUGACACCAUGUCUGUGAUAUACAGUGAGGUGGCUGCUGAUGAGCCCACAACCAACAGCUUUUGGAUGCCUAAUCAUUUCCAGAGCACAGUAAAGCGCCUGGAUGAUGGUUAUCGUGUCUGUGACCAGAUUGUAGCCUGCUUCCAGGAACGUGCGAAGAUUGAACGCAGCUACGCCUUAAUGAUGGAAGAGUGGACUCGAAAAUGGCGGCCUCUCAUUGAUGCAAGUCCAGUGUAUGGGUCCCUGCUUCGAGCCUGGCAAGCAUUCUUGGGGGCAUCUGAGCGGUUGAGUCGGCUGCACAUGGAGAUGCAAAGGACUUUGGUCUCAGAGGAAUGUGGGCGCAUCAGGGCCUGGCAACAUGAUUCCUAUCACCGCAAGCUGUUUGGAGGCUUCAAGGAAGCCUGUGAGCUGGAAAGUGGAUUUCAGCGGGCACAGAAACCCUGGACAAAGAAGCUCAAGAAGGUCGAAAAAACCAAAUCUUUGUACCACAAGGCCUGUCGCAAGGAACAUAUUGCAGCCCUCCGGGAGGAUGGACUUAAAGGAACUCCAGGGUCUGAAGCCCCCCCAGACCGACAGCGUUCUCUGCGAGAGGAGCAUCAGCGUUGCAGCCAAGAAGCAAACAAGGUACGCGAACGCUAUGAGAAGGCUCUGCAAGAGCUUGAUCGCUGCAGCCCUCGAUACAUGGAGGAAAUGGAGUCGGUCUUUGAGCAGGGACAGGCACAGGAGCAAAGGCGCAUUGUGUUUCUCAAGGGGGCCUUCUUUGCCCUGCACCGACGCCUCGAUGUCACCGCUGACCCCAGCAUCCAAGCUGUUUACAGUGACUUGCACCAAGCCAUUGAGGACAUAAAUGACCAGGAUGACCUCAAAUGGUGGCGUAAUCGACAUGGACCAGGGAUGCCCAUGAACUGGCCACAGUUUGAGAGUUGGACUCCUGAUCAUGAGCGGCCACAGGUGAAAAUCAAGAAAACCAAAGAACCUGAGAAAGCAACACUCCGCAGCAUCACUCCCUCCCAGAGCAGUGCAAAGCCACCCCCUGCACCAGUUUCGGGACAGAGGGUCCGUGCUGUGUAUGACUAUACUGGCCAAGAGGCAGAUGAGCUAAGCUUCAAAGCAGGCGAACUGCUUACCAAGCUGGAAGAUGAAGAUGAGCAAGGGUGGUGCAAGGGGGUGACAGACAGUGGCCGUGUGGGGCUCUACCCUGCCAACUAUGUGGAGCCCAUACAGGCUUAGCUACAAAGAUUAAAUGCUGUUGAGGCAGGGGAGACCACAAAGGGGUUCACAUGCACCCCUACACCAGUUUUAGGGCUAUGUUUCUUCCAUGCUUCUAAGACCCCAAUAUGCAAACACAGAAUGGUGCAAAUUUUAGCUUCUUCAAAGACUCCACUUUUUAAAAAUAAGCACACAACUUUCUAAUCCUUAAGUUCGCCUUGAAAAUAUGCAUAGGCCAUGCUGUUGAAAUCUCAAAAGCCAUGGGCACAUUGCUAUGUGGGAUAGAAUGACAUACCAAGUGCGGCAUGUGGGUUUUCCACGGCAUUUCUACCUCCCCUACAUCCAUCAGUUAACUAACUGCAGAAUAAAUUAUGCAAAAGAAGUGAAUUGAUGCUCAGUUUGCUUAAUGUAUUCAGAGGAUGGCAGUGUUUGGGCUAGUAUUGGGCAAUACAGAGUAUUUACAGUAGGUGAAGAUUCAGAAACAAUCAUGGGCAAAACAUUGCCUGGCAAAUGCACAAUAAACAACAUACAGUUGUAACCGGACACAUACAUCCGGUGUGAUUUACACACCAUGUUCCUGCAACCUCAUGCACGCCUACACAGCUCCAGAUACCAACACUCCCUCUCCUUGUGUUUGUGACACACACAGACACAUAAAUAAGUCAAGGUGCCUUUUUUAAAAAGAUGUCAUACAAAAGAUGCCAUAACCUGAAACACCCUUCCCUUGAAGGCUUGCCAACAGUAUUUGGAAACCCUGAGACAACAGGAGUCUAAGAAACUGAAAAACUGAUCAAGAAAGAUGCCUCAGUGUCACUGAGGAAAUGUUCUUUAGAAAGUCUGAGAUGUUUCUUAAAACAUCACCCACACAGGUUGCCCUGAAGGGUGAAAUGAGAUCUAUGUAUAAUGUGUGCUGUUGCACAUUUGGUAUUUCCCACAUGACAACUCUCUGGAGAACUGAUUGUUCAUUGGCGUUGGUCACUAAAUGAAUUGAAAAUUAUUGGGCCAAUUAUCCCCUCUCCUCCCAGGAUUUUCAAUCCCCCCCCCCCAUAUGUAUACACAGUUUUGGGGUAGGGACGUUCAAGAGGUAACCACUUUAUAAUGAAUUGUUGGUGACGCCACUUGAAAAAGUGUGAAAAUGAGACUGAAGUGGGAAAUGGAUAAUAAUGAGUGUUUUGAGAAUGAAAAUCUGUUAAAAAAUAAGGCUGAUGUAUUGUAGUUUCUUUGGGUAUUUUAGCAAACAAUAAACAAACACAUAAACAUA